AUGCAGCGCCUCGCCGAGCUUUCGACACGAGUCCCGUGGCAGCUCAGCGGCGUCGCGGGCUGGCUCGGCCUCGCCGGCGCCGCCACAGUCGCCGAGACUUGCAGCCGGGACGGCCCUGCCACGGCUGCUGAGCCCGAGAACCCUGGCGCCGCGCUGACGCGACUCGGGCCGUCCGAGGUGCUCACGCUCCGAAGCCGAGGCUGGCUUGUGCUUGACGACGCGCUGGACGCAACCACGCUCGCCCAUGCCCGGCUCGAUGUGAAGCGGCUCCUCCUCUCUGGCGACUUUGAGCCGUCAGAGCAGCACGGCGAUGUGCGGUCGGACCACCUCUGCUGGGUGAGCGAGUCUGGCGGACACGCGCCGCCGCUCGGCCUCCGCACCGCGCUGCGCGGCCUGCGUGGCAUCGCGCUGCAGCUGCAGAACGGCGGCCCGCCCGAGGAGGGCGGGCCGCCCGACGGGAGAUGGACUGGCUUUGGAGACGAGCCGCGCGUCGUCGAAAUGGGAGCGACGCCACCGCUGCCGUGCUCGCCGACGAGCGCCGACCUGCCUGAGGCCACGCGCCUGUACGUGCCGCACCGGGACGGGGUGGCCGUGGGCAGCGGUGGGGUGGCGUUCGCGCUGGUCGAGCCGGGCUUCUGCAUGCGCGAGGUGACAGCCAUCCUUUACCUGAGCGAACCGGCCAACUGGGCAGGCGAGGGCGGCGGCGGCUGCGAGGGUGGCAUGGAGGGUGGGCCUGGCCGCGAGGGUGGCCGCGACCAGCCCCGAGUGGUGGAGGGCGGCGCGGAGGCGUCCCGCGGCGGCGCGCUGCUGCUGCACCUCGGUGCCGACAGCGCCGACCUCACCGGCGAGACCGCGUCCAGCGUGGUUGAAAUCUUGCCGGUGCGGCCUCAUUCGCGCGAGGACGUCGACCGCGUGGCGAUGACGGUCUGGAUCGGAGGGGCGCACUCCGUGCAGGGGCUCUUCCGCCACUGCCGGACGUGGUGGCUGCCUUCGUUCCUCUAG